UGAAUAUUUAUAAAAGCCGAUGAUCCACUUGAAUUCGGUCUCAGUCAUACAUUUAAACGGAUCAGAGAAGUGUUAUAAAGAAACGAACGAUACGUUUUAUUCUCUUCAAGCGCGAACUUGAGUAAGGACAGGCGAUGAAGCGAGUGUACGUAAUCGCCUCGUUGGCACUUUGGACCGUGGUCAACGCAAACUACGAGUGGCAUCUAAAAUGUCCUGUUACACAAUGCAAAUGUCCAGAAAAAUAUGCGACUAAUCUGCCCCAUGAGACAGACUGCACAAAGUUCUAUAAAUGCGAUUGGUGUAGACCAGUAUUGCAGAACUGUUCUCUUUCCGGGAUUCCGGGAUAUGAGAGACUACAUUAUAAUAGACGCUUACAAGUUUGCGAUUGGCCGUGGCAGGCUGGUUGCGAAAGUUGUACGAAGCCCGAGGUUGAUAAGUGCUCAUAUGAGAACGAGAAGAUAUCCAAUCCAAAAGACGACUGCAAUACAUAUUUCGAAUGCAAAAAUGGUAAACCAAGAUUGUGUCGAUGUGAUCCGGGUACAUGCUUCAGCCGCACGUGUCAGGCUUGUGUGGAGGAUCGAGCGGGUGGGAAUUGCGGACCUCCUACUACUCCUGGUCCUUGGCCUUGCAAAAAGGGCGAACGAAAGUGUCACGAUUGUAACUGCCGUUCGUACUAUGAAUGUAAACAGAUAGAAGGGGAUGCAACUGGUUGGUUUUUACAGUACUGUGAAGGCGGUCUUUAUUAUAAUCCCGAUAUUCAGGAAUGCGACGACGCGAACAAUGCUCGGCCAAUAUGCGAGGCAAAAUGUUUGCAUAAAGAUGAUUCAUAAAGCAUACAUAUGUUCUGCUCCUAUGUUUCGCGCGAUGGAUUUAGCCGACGAGAUUAAAUCGAAGAGAAAUUGCUGCAUCCUCGAUACUGAGGUAACAAAUCACUGUAUCAAAUAAAAUAUCUCGCGUAAAAAUGAGAGUUUCAACUGA